AUCGGGUGCUUGAGUUCAAGUAACCCUUAUCUUACUUAAUGAUGGCCCCAAAGCGCAAGAAUAGCGAUGCUGGCAGUUCGAAUAUUCCAAAGAGAAGCCGUAAAGUGCUUCCUUUAAGUGAAAAGGUGAAAGUUCUCGACUUAAUAAGGAAAGAAAAAAAAUCGUAUGCUGAGGUGGCUAAGAUCUACGGUAAGAAUGAAUCUUCCAUCCGUGAAAUUGUGAAGAAGGAAAAAGAAAUUCGUGCUAGUUUUGCUGUCGCACCUCUAACUGCAAAAGUUACGGCCACAGUGCGGGAUAAGUGCUUAGUUAAGAUGGAAAAGGCAUUAAGUUUGUGGGUGGAAGACAUGAACAGAAAAUGCGUUCCGCUUGAUGGCAACAUGUUGCGCCAGAAAGCACUGAAUCUAUAUGAAGACUUCAGCAAGGGAUCCCGUGAAACGAGUGACACCAAGACAUUUACUGCAAGUAAGGGAUGGUUACACAGAUUCAGGAAUAGGUUUGGACUGAGAAAUAUAAAAAGUACUGGAGAGGCUGUGCCUGCCGCCGAAGAAGCUGCUGCCACAUUUCCGGCAGAGUUGAAGAAGUUGAUUAAGGAGAAAGGAUACCAGCCAAAGCAAGUCUUGGAUUGCGAUGAAACCGGGCUCUUCUGUACAGUACAGACCAUGGCCCACAGCGAGCGCACCUUCAUCGCCAUCAAGCCUGACGGGGUCCAGCGCAGCCUGGUGGGCGAGAUCAUCAAGCGCUUCGAGCAGAAGGGCUUCCGGCUCGUCGCCAUGAAGUUCAUGCGCGCUUCUGAAGACCUCCUCAAGGAACACUACAACGACCUGAAGGACCGUCCAUUCUUUGCCGGGCUGGUGAAAUACAUGUACUCGGGGCCAGUGGUUGCCAUGGUCUGGGAGGGGCUGAAUGUUGUGAAGACAGGCCGAGUGAUGCUCGGGGAGACCAACCCUGCGGACUCCAAGCCUGGGACCAUCCGUGGGGAUUUUUGCAUCCAAGUUGGCAGGACCAUGGCCAACGUGGAGCGCACCUUCAUCGCCAUCAAGCCGGAUGGUGUGCAGCGCAGCCUGGUGGGCGAGAUCAUCAAGCGCUUCGAGCAGAAGGGAUUCCGCCUCGUGGCAAUGAAGUUACUCCAGGCCUCUGAGGACCUCCUGAAGCAGCACUACGUUGACCUGAAAGACCGCCCAUUCUUCCCCGGGCUGGUGAAGUACAUGCACUCUGGCCCCAUCGUGGCCAUGGUCUGGGAGGGGCUGAAUGUGGUGAAGACAGGGCGAGUGAUGCUCGGAGAGACCAAUCCAGCAGAUUCCAAGCCAGGCACCAUUCGCGGGGACUUCUGCAUUCAAGUUGGCAGGAACAUCAUUCAUGGCAGUGAUUCAGUAAAAAGUGCUGAGAAAGAAAUCAGCCUCUGGUUUAAGCCUGAAGAAUUGGUUGACUACAAGUCUUGUGCUUUUGACUGGAUCUAUGAAUGAGAUGGGGAGGGCAUCAGUGCCCUCUGGCACCACUUGAUGUGUCCCUGGACACAGCUCUUCAUUCCACUCACUUGGAAGCAAUAGGAUUCAUCUUUCUUUUCUAAAGCGUAUUUACCAAUAAAGCCUUUGGAAACUGG